AUGGGUAGUGACGUGUACGGUGAUGACGUGGCUGCUGCUGACGUGACAGAGACUAAUGAUGCGUCAGCAGAAAAUGGUGAUGACGAGGAUGAUGAUGCGCUGUUCUAUGAUGCGGAUGCUGACGUGGAUGACAGUGAUCAGGAUGGUAAUGAUUGUGCUGGCUGUGGUGAUGGUGCUGGCGGUGGUGAUGGUGCUGGCUGUGGUGAUGGUGCUGGCGGUGGUGAUGGUGCUGGCUGUGGUGAUGGUGCUGGCGGUGGUGAUGGUGGUGAUGCUGAUGUCAGCAAUUACGAUGGUGAAAUUGACGGUCUUGUUGGGAGUGGCAGUGCUGCUGACGGUGGGGAUUGCAGCAGUGAAGGUUCCAACGGCUUGCAAUCAGGACAAAACAGCAUGCACCAUUCUGCUGCUGCUGCUGCUGCUCCUGCUGCCGCUGCUGUCCGUGCUGCCGCUGCUGCCGGUGCUGCUGGUGGCACCAGCAGCACCAUACACUGGCCGUGCCUGGCAGCUGCUGGGAGCCUUCCUUCCAUCAAACUUGGGGAAGUUCGAAAGUCUGCUGCAAUUGAGUCUGCUUCUUUUGAGUCUGUACUUGAGGCGCCCCAAAAGGCUUCUGUUGAGUCUGGUUCAGAUUUACCAGAGAGGGGGGCGUGUGCGCGAGCGCGAGAGUGCCCGCCUGCUGUGGUUCUGUGGCCGUUUCUGCAUGGGGAGGAGGAUGUGAUGGGGGUGCAUGGGGCACAGCAUGGCAUGGUUCACGUUCACGGCAGGGGACAUGCAGCAGCAUGCAGCACCGUUUGCCAUGAUGCUAUGCAGAGUGGUGAGCAGCAGCAGAACAGUGAGCAGCAGCAUGAGGGCAAGGACGGCUUGGGAGUUGAUCGUGUGGGAGGUGGUGGUAUGGGUGCUGUUGACGCCACGCAAGCUGGUGGUAUACCACCUGGCGAGGGUUUUGCCAUGCAUGAUGCCAUGGUUGGGUCAACUGAGCAAACCAGCAAUGGAGGGAUGCUUUUCGAACCCACAACCGAACCUGAAGCUGAGGUUCGCCAACAGCCACAGGCUCAACCCGAACUUCGUGCUGGACCUGCACCCGAACCUGCAACCAAAACUGCUUUCACCAACCGAAACACCUCUCUUGCUGCUGCUGCCGCUGGUGCAGCUGCUACCACUGCUCCUGCUCCUCCUCCUCCUCCUGCUGCUGCUGCUGCUCGUGGGGUAUGGACCCCCAACAACACCAUUCCAAACACCACCACCACUCUCAACCCCUCUUCCGCCCGCUCGCCCUACCUAGUGUGCAUGUACGACCCUGCUACCCACACGUGGGUCUCUCUCCCCCCGGGCAUGGGUCUGCACCCCGAGACGUGGUUGCUGGAGCAUGCAGCAGCGCGGUGGGGUGUGGGGUGUGUGCCUCGCUUCCUGGUUUGGAGGAGGGAGGGGUGUCUGCACGUGUACGACGCGGUUACCAAAGCCAGGAAGGUGUUACAGGUGCCUCCCACGUAUGCCACACAUCCCACUCGUAACCACCUUGGAUUGGCAAGCCUGCAGCAGCAACAGCAAGCUCAGCACCAGGGACAAGGCCAGAACCAGCAGCAGCUGAGGCACCACCAGCAGCAGCAGCAGCACCGACUGCAACAGCAGCAGCAGCAGCAGCAGCAGCAGCAGCAGCACCAGCGUCCUCGCAUCCCACCUCUUCCGCCUGCUCCGCCUGCUCCUGCUUCUCUCUUCCCUCUCCACCCUCUGCUGCCGCGCAUUCACUUCGAGCACACCAUUCUCAAGAAUCGAAUCUUCCUCUUCGGGGGAUACCUCCAAAACUCCGAUGGUACCCUCCUUCCAGCUUCGGAUGCGCUAUGCUGCGACCUUACAGGUUCGGGCGGAGGCUCGGCAGGAGGCUCGGGGGGCGGUUCGGCAGGAGGCUCAGCGGGAGGUGUGGAUAGAGGUGCGGGAAGGCUUGGGGUGAUGGCAGCAGGAGGGCCAACGUGGACUUCUGUUCCUCUGGUUUGGAAGGGGGGAGCGAUCAAGGGGAGAGAGGGAGGGAGGAAUAGGUUUGGUUUGGGAAGUGAGGAGGGUGGUGGGAUGAAGAAUGGGGGGGAGGAAGUGAAGGAAUUGAGGGGAGAGCAGAAUGGGAUGGGUGGGGAUGGAGAGUGGAAAGAGGAGGAAGGAGAGGAGGGGGUGGAACUGGGGCCAUGGGAUGACACGGAGGACACAGGGGAUUCUGAUAUGGAUUAUGUGGACGAGCACAUUAGUCAUGCUGACGUGGAUGCUGAUGAGGGUGGUGGUGAUGAUGAUGUGGAUGGUGGAGACCCGGAGGAUGAUGGGGAGAUGAUGCAGGAGGCGAUUUUGGGGAGGGUCAAGACUGCGACAGUCUUGUCUCUGUAG